AUGCGCGUCUCGAUCGUCGCAAAGGCCAAAGAGACUUGCGAAGUCGGCCUCUCCUACUAUGAAUGCAACCAAGGCUACCGCGGUUGUUGCCACUUCAACCCUUGCCCUGGUACCGAAUGCUCUCGAGAGUCGACCUCGACUCAAUCGAUCAAGACCGUCGCAUCUGUUGCCGCGCCUAUUCUCGUUUCUGCUACUGACUCAGGGCUAUCGAAGAAGGUCAUUGUCACCACGACUAUAACCACCACCACGCACAAGACCCAGCCGCCCGAAGGCACGACCACCACCAUUUUCAUGUAUGGCUCUACCGGUCCUGGAGGUGCCUGGUACACCGACUCAGAGGGUCGACGCAUCUCGUCCAUAUCUUCUCUGGAUCCCUUUCUUUACCCUACCCCCACAGCUACCCUUGUUGAGCCUCAGAUUCUCGUCACUUCGACUUCGAUCGCUACUCCCCAGCCCGAGGCUGAGAAGGGUGGCCUCUCCGCUGGCGUGCGGGGUGGCAUUGCCGCCUCCAUUCUGAUCGGGAUUGUAGCAAUCAUCGCAGCCUGGUUCCUCUGCACCAAGCAGAGAAAGAAGCUAAGAACUUCGCGGGAGUCCAUAAGUUCCAUCAGCAGAGAUGAAAGCAAGAAUAGCUCAGAAGAGGACCGUCCCAGCCCACAAAUGAUUGCUGAUCCGAUCCGGCAUGAGAACGUUUUCUCUUCUUUUGGGGGACGCUACGAGGAGCCCCAGACUCGCUUCAACCGAGUCAGUGACACAGGCUCUGAUAGAAUGAUGAACCACCCGGUCAGCCCCGACACCCGUGGCUCUGCGGUUCCACAACCGCAGUCGGCUGUGAUCGCAAGAGCUACAACCGCCAGCCCCGACUUCAUACCGCGCACUGCCAACGCGACCCCUGACUUUGCUUGCCGCACUGCCAACGCGACUCCUGAUCUGUCCCGGGUGGCAACAGCGACUCCGGAUUUCAUGUGUCGCCUUGGAACAGCUACCCCUGAGCUUCAUGGCCCUCCUCAGCAGGCGGCCAUCGCGGAGUUGGCUUCUCCUGGACUACCCAGGGUCGUUGAAAUUCACAGUAGUCGCAGUGGCGUGCAGAUGUACAAGCCGUACCGCCCCAAUGGUGGCUCGCUGUACCCUGUCGCUGAGACUACCCCAAGCUAUCUCACAGGAACGCUGAACGCUACCGAGAAUGAGCGCUUCCAGGGCCAAUACGUGAACAGUUGGGCCAAGUGGGAUUCUGUCGGCUGA